AUGUCUCUUCGGGCUGGCAAAGCUGCCUCGUUCGUUUUAGCCACAGUCCGGGCGUUUCCUAGCCUCGAACCAGUUGCCGUGCAGCCUGUGAGCGCCAAAGUGCUUGGGCUGCCCCCACGCCGUGAUCUUCUCUGGCAGGCAGUCACUUUUGAGCGGGAUGCCGAGCGGGUUGGCUCUAAGGUGAUUUUGGGCCGCAGCGACAUGGGCUACUCCAAGAAGAAACUGCGCCCCCAGAAAGGUACUGGUAGAGCCCGUAUGGGCGACCGUGGCAACCCGAUCCGCCACGACGGUGGGUUGGCCCACAACCGGCAUGCCCCUAAUGACUUUGCAACUGGCCUGCCGUCGAGCACCUACUCAUUGGCCCUGCGCACUGCGCUCAGCGAGCAGUACCGGGCCGGCCGUUUGUUUAUUAUUGAUGGAGAGAUCGAGUUUGGCUCCAGUCACAGCCUUGUAGGCGAAACGUUUCUUAAAGAGCAUGGAAUCAAAGGCAACCGAGUCACGUUUGUUGUUGGCGACCACCGAGCGAAUUUAUUUGAUGCCACCAGCGACUGCAUCAAGGUGGACUUAAUCCCCAAGGAAAUGGUCAACGUGCAGGAUAUUUUGCGGGCCGAGCGGUUGUUUAUUGAGAAGGAGUCUCUCCAGUACUUGAUUGCCAAGUUCCCUGUUCCCGAGCCCCUCAAGCCCAUCAAACCAUUGCAACCACAGGAGUUUCAGCUCUGA